AUGUCCUCCAGCUCGCAAUUUCAGCCUCCGGCAGCGAUACCCCCUCGAACUAGCUCCAACCGGAUGUCCGAUACAUACCCUCGAGAUAAAGCGGCACUCAUGAGUAUCUACGAGAACGACGGAAUGGGAAAGCAGGAGAAGCUUCAGACAAACACCAACAUGUCACGGCGGCACACGCGCAAUCAGUCGAGCCUCGACGGGACAAAAUACAAGGAUGGGACAUGGUCACAAGAGAACGAAAAGAUCGUAAUAGGCCCAUAUGACUAUAUGCUUCAACAUCCUGGGAAGGACCUACGACGGCAGAUGAUUCACGCGUUCGAUGCAUGGUUAAAAGUUCCUACCGAUAGCCUUGCCAUCAUUACCAAGGUGGUAGCUAUGCUCCAUACAGCCUCAUUGUUGAUUGACGAUGUCGAAGAUAACUCCCUUCUUCGUCGAGGCAUUCCGGUCGCACACAGUAUUUACGGCACCGCACAAACGAUCAACUCGGCGAACUACGUGUACUUUCUGGCGCUCCAGGAGGUGCAGAAACUCAAGAGCCCAGCUGCUAUUGACAUAUAUGUCCAGGAACUAUUAAAUCUACACCGUGGUCAAGGCAUGGAUCUGUUUUGGCGAGACACCCUAACUUGCCCAAGCGAGGACGAGUACCUUGAGAUGGUGGGGAACAAGACCGGAGGUUUAUUCCGGCUUGCCGUGAAAUUGAUGCAAGCCGAGAGCACGUCGGGAAAGGACUGCGUGGCCCUUGUGAAUGUCAUGGGGCUAGUUUUUCAGAUAUGCGACGAUUACCUCAAUCUGUCGAGCACGACAUAUACCAAAAAUAAAGGUCUUUGCGAAGACCUGACGGAGGGAAAAUUCUCAUUCCCCAUUAUCCACAGCAUCCGCUCGAACCCGCAAAACCAUCAGCUCAUCAACAUUCUCCGACAAAAAACCCAAGACGAGGAAGUCAAGCUGUACGCGCUCAAAUACAUGGAAAGCACGGGCAGUUUCAAACACACGCAGAACGUGGUUCGGCAUUUGCGAGAAAGGGCGUUGCAGCUUAUCGACGAGAUCGAAAACAGUGACAAUGGCAAGCGACCGGAGGGGAAUAGCGACGGCACAAAGGUCCGGGCGAUUCUAGAUAAAAUCACAGAGACGACCUUGAGAGAUACCAACGGCUCGGCGCAAUAA